AUGUUGAAAGCUGAAGUGCGAGAAUCACGAGAGAACUUAGAUGGGUUUCAAGAUAUUGAUAAAGAUGUUUCGUUUAAAAUGCGACAGCCACGGAUUAUACAAAGCGCAUUCUUCCGCUUCUUAAAGCAAAGUCGUAGCAAAUCGAUUAUAUUCUUUACAAAGAAAACCAAGCAAAGUAGAAAGGAAGCUGAUAGAAUACCGGACUCGGCUUCGCUAUCUUAUAGAACCUUAAAUGCCGCUCAAACCCCGAAACCUAGUAUUUCGAAACUUAAAACUACUCUUUCAGUCGUUAUUCAAAGUCAAAGCGAACGAAUUACAAAUCUAUCAUCAACUUUAAAGCGCAAACGAAUAGAAGAAAAAGAAGAUGAUGAAGCGGGAUUGGUACAAGAUAAAAAGAAAGAAGCUUCUUUUGGAAUCAAGCGUUUAAUUGCAAAGACAAUGUCGAUUCCUUUUCUUUAUAACGCUAUGGUCGAGGUCAACCCUUUUGGCACUGGUGGCAACAAGCCAAUCAACGAGAUACCUGGUCGCUACAAGGAUUUCGUGGUCGUUUAUGCUGAUGGUAGCGUUGUUAAUUCAAUGUUUACUUGCUAUGACGGGGAGGAUACCGCUUUGUUUUUAAGACUAAUCGGCCUCGAGUACGAAUGGAAGGGUCGCAAAGGUUUUAUCGACGAGUUCGGCAUUAAGCAUUACGGUGCUAAUAAGAAGGAGAGCGCUUAA